AUGGCCGACGCGGAAAUGGAAAUCGACCAGCUCGAGCGCGCCCCCGGCGACCUGAAAGCCGGCGACGCGCGCACCCAAGCCGGCGCGACCGCCGUGCGCUCCAUCGAAGGGUGGAUCAUCAUCGUCACCAACGUGCACGAGGAGGCGACCGAGGAGGACCUGCAUGACAUGUUCGGCGAAUUUGGCAGCAUCAAGAAUCUGCACAUGAACCUGGACCGGCGGACGGGUUACGUUAAGGGCUACGUCCUCAUCGAGUACCCUACUCUCGACGAAGCGCAAGCCGCCAUCAAGGGCGCCAACGGCGAGGAGCUGCUCGAACAGAAAAUCAACGUCGACUUUGCCUUUGUGCGCCCGCCGCCGGUAGGCAAGGGCCGCGCGAGAGACCAGGAUAGACGAGGGGCUGGACGCGGGAGAGGGAGGAGUAGGAGUCCGGGCAAAGAUGCGGAUGACAUGGAGGAUUGA